CUCACUCUCAUGAGUAGAACAAAUCCAUUAAAGAACAAUGCGUCCAAGUUCGCAUUCCUUUCUAUGCAAGCUCCUCCGGGAUACGUCGCUGGUUUGGGUAGAGGUGCCUCUGGUUUCACCACUAGAUCAGAUAUAGGUCCUGCUAGAGAAGCUGGUACGAUGGAGGAAGCCGUAUCUGAUCUGCAGUCUAAGGAAAUUGAACCUGAUCAGUUCCAAGAUCCAGAGAAUGAAACUGGUUUGUUCGCGGGUACGGUAUACGAUAAGGAUGAUGAGGAAGCCGAUAAGAUUUACGACAUGAUUGAUCAACGGAUGGACGAGAAGGGUAGAGCGCGUAGGGAAGCAUCAGAGAAGAAAGCACAAGAAGCUUAUCUAGCAGCUAAUCCAAAAAUACAAACUCAAUUCUCAGAUUUAAAGCGUUCUUUAGCCACAGUCAGCGAGGAAGAAUGGGGUGCACUCCCGGAGGCUGGUAAUAUAACGGGUAAACGACGCAAGAAUAACACUCGUAAUGAUGGCAAAACCUACGUUGUACCUGAUAGUGUAUUAGCAGGUGCGAGGGACAGAAACGAUGUGAAUACAUCGAUUGAUGAUGAAAAGGGUGUUGCAACACCCGCCUCAUCUGGUACAGUUACCGACUUCCGUGAAAUUGGUCAAGCGAGAGAUAAAUCACUCUCUUUACGUCUUGAUCAACUCGGUGGUGCUGCCAGUAGCACUAGUAAUGCCACUCCUUCACCCUCCUCUACUAAUACAGCUAGUUCGUCAGCAAGCACCUCCGGCACUUCUGGCACCUCCACCUCUGUCGAUCCAAAGGGCUACCUCACCGGUUUGAAUUCCGUUCAACUCAAAACAGACGCUGAAAUUGGUGAUAUCAAGAAGGCUCGGGCUUUGCUAGAGAGUGUCAUUAAAACCAACCCAAAGCACGCGCCUGGUUGGAUUGCAGCGGGUAGAGUCGAAGAAGUAGCUGGUAGAAUGGCUGUUGCCAGAAAGGUGAUAGCAGCAGGUUGCGACAAUUGUCCAAAAUCUGAAGACGUUUGGCUUGAAGCUGCCCGUUUGAAUAUACCACAAGACGCUAGAGUAAUUCUCGCAAAUGCCGUCAGCCAUCUACCACAAUCUGUAAAAAUUUGGCUUAAAGCGGUUGAUUUGGAGAAUGACCCAAAGUCAAAACGUAGAGUACUCAGGAAAGCAAUAGAAUAUAUACCUAAUAGUGUUAGACUUUGGAAAGAAGCUGUUAAUAUGGAGGAUGAUCCACAGGAUGCCUUAAUAUUACUCGCUCGUGCAACUGAAUUGAUUCCAUCUUCUGUAGAAUUAUGGCUCGCAUUAGCUAGAUUAGAAACACCAGAUAAUGCGAAGAAGAUUAUAAAUAAAGCUCGAAAGACAAUACCAACGUCUCAUGAAAUUUGGAUAGCUGCUUCACGUUUACAAGAACAAAUUGGGGCAUCCUCUAAUGAUAUUGACAAAUUAAUGAACAAUGGUGUUGGUUCAUUGAGAUCUGCUGGUGCACUACUCUCACGUGAACAAUGGCUUAAAGAAGCUGAAAAAGUUGAAGAAGAAGGUUCACCACUUACAUGCGCUGCUAUCGUCAAAGCAACAGUAUAUCAAGAAAUUGAAGAAGAGGAUAGGUAUGCUGUCUGGAUGGAUGACGCUGAUGCCCUCGAAGAUAGAGGAUCUAUCGAAACGGCCAGAGCUGUCAUUGCGUUCGCUCUGAAGGUCUUCCCUGAACGUAGCAAACUCUGGAGACGUGCUGCAGAAUUAGAAAAACAACAUGGUGAUAGAAAGAGUCUCACUGAGAUACUCAAAACAGCCACACAAUACUGUCCAAAAGCUGAAGUGUUAUGGCUCAUGUUGGCGAAAGAACACUGGUUGGGUGGUGAUGUUAAUGCCGCUAGACAAGUCCUGGGUGAUGCAUUCAACGCGAACCCAUCAUCUGAAGCAGUUUGGUUAGCUGCCGUGAAAUUAGAAGCAGAGAACAAAGAAAUAAAGAAUGCGAGAAUGUUGCUUAAUAAAGCUCGUCUACAAUCAGGUACUGAAAGGAUAUGGAUGAAAUCUGCGGUAUUUGAACGUCAACAUGGUGAUAAAGCGAAGGCACUUGAAUAUGUGAAUCAAGCAAUAGAAAAAUAUCCAAAAUUUGAUAAACUCUAUAUGAUAAAAGUUGGUUUAAUUGAUCAAUCACAACAUAAAGAAAUAAGGGAUACAUUCACAACUGGAUUAAAAUUAUGUCCUCAUUCAGUCCCAUUAUGGAUUUUAGCAUCACAAUUUGAAGAAAGGAUGGGUGUAAUUAUUAGAUCACGUGCAUUACUUGAAAAAGCUAGAUUAACGAUAAAGAAUUCUGAUAUACUCUGGGCAGAAGCAAUAAAAGUUGAAGAAAGAGCUAAUGCAGCAAACCAAGCGAAGGCAUUACUUUCAAAGGCAUUACAAGAAUGUCCAAACUCAGGUAUACUCUGGUCAAUUGCAAUUUGGAUGGAACCACGUCCUUCACGUAAAACCAAAUCUGUUGAUGCUUUACGUAAAGUUACAGAUGAUCCAACUAUAAUCGUUACAGUCGCAAGAACUCUCUGGAUGGAAGGUAAAAAAGAUAAAGCUAGAUCAUGGUUAAGUAAAUCAUGUAAAGCUGAUCCUGAUAAUGGUGAUCAUUGGGCAUGGUGGUAUAAAUUUGAAUUACAAGAUGGUACAAAAGAAAAUGCGCAAGCUGUUUUAGAUAAUGCAAAACAAUCUGAACCACAUCAUGGUCAAAUUUGGCAAUCUGUUAUAAAGGAUGAUCAAAAUUUAUCCAAACCAUUUGAACAAUUGUUGAGAAUAACAGCAAGUAAGUUGUCAUAAAAAAUCACAUAAUUUAUUUAUUCCAUCGUUAAUGUACUACUGUCUUCGAUAAAUUUGGUAUA